GCAGGCGAUGGUGGAGUGGCAGGUUUUUCAAGGACGUCUGUCCGUAUAUUUGUGCUAGAAUCCCAAUUCCCCGAUCGUUUGCCUCAAGAACGGCUCUGGCGUGGCAGUGAUUCCUGGAAAUUGCUGCAGAGAAGCUAGAAUUGUCAGUUGGAGGUCUGUUCCUGUCCAUGCGGUCUGAAUUUUCCUGUGUCAUUUUUAAGACGUCGUGAUCGAAAACGUUCAACUGGCUUCCGCCAACUUCGUGUGGUGUGACCGUUGCUAUCAGCUUGAGAUCUGACCUUGAGACAACCCAGAACUGGGAGGGCUCACGUGAUUCUACAACACGUGUUUUCAUCAACAGGUUUCUGUGACGGGGUCUGGCAAAGAUCAUUAGUGUUGGUGACUCAUUGACAGUCCAGAUCAGCGUUUCAUUCCGUACUCAACCACAAGCAGUCAACAGAGAGAGAUCAGGUGCUUAGAGGUGCUGACCCAUCUCAUCUCUACACAUAGCGGAUCAAAAGCUUUUUCCCAGGUCUUCAAGCCCAUCCGAGCACGUCUCCCAAUUGUUCCACCAUCCCGGGAUGCUCCGAUGUUGCGGACCGCUUAGGGGUUUGCGUGUAGCUCAGCCGGUGAAAACGUAGGUCACUCGAGCACAAUGACUGAACAUAAAGCUCCUAUGGACAGCUCUCAAAACCACCAACCCUAUGACAAAGUUAGUACUGUUGAAAGUCUAGUAUCCAAAGGAAUCAACCCAAUUCUUGGGGAGCAUAUCUUCUUGGGGAGGUCUCUUCUAUGCCCACCCAAGCCCACCUUCAAGACUCCGAAGUUGCCCCUGCGUGUGCAUUGGAAGAUGUUCUCCAAGUCUUCAGAAUACUCCGGUACCGAGGUACCCUGGUUUAACGCCUCCACGGACGCGAGGUCCCACCCUGGGAUAGCGGUGAACGGUCAGGAACACGAACAGGAGAGACGUGGCGAAAAGAGGAAAGACGACGGAGACAGGCUGUCGACGUUUCAGAAAGAUAAAGACUACUUGCCCCCCACCCCACCUCCGAAGAAAGACAAGAGGUGGAAGGAUUCUUCUCCCGCGACUUCUGACGGCAGCCUCUCCACCCCACAUUCCCCCGCCACACCUUACUGCUCCCCACUGUCCUACCUUGACUUUAACCUGGACUCUCCUAUCUGUUCCCCCAGAACUCCCAUGUCCAACUGUGACUGGUCCACCCCGCUCAGCCCCAAGUCCAACUUCGGCCCCUUCAGUCCUCCCCCCAAACAGGGCGGACAAAGAAGAACGAGGUCACCGCCAGAAGACGCCCUUGACCUCUCGUGGAAGGACAUCAAAGCGAGCUCGAGCGGGGAGGUGAAAUCGUUGGGAGCGAGGCAGCACGCGUCCAAAGGGAAGAGCCGGGACGGCCUUCCGACGUCUCCCUUCCUGAUGGAGCCGGCUGCGAACCAUCAGGCCCUCUCCUCCACCGGGAGGUCGACUCUACAAGACAAGGACAUGAUGAUGAAAGGUUCUCCCCGGCUCCUGCAUCAUGGACACCACCAAAUGACGACCAUGGGAAUGAACAUGCCUCCUCCGCAGAGAAUGAGACAGAAGUCGCCGGUUAGGUCGCCGGCCAACCAGAAGAUUCCCAAUUAUCCCUACCCGACAAUGGUUCCCAUGCCAACGGGGUCAAUGUUCGGGGGAAUGAUUGACCUGGAACGUCGUCGCAUCCUAGCAUGUUCCUGCCGCCGUCCUCGCCCAUCUUCCUCCCCAGCCCGUGCUCGACCGAUAUCGCUGCCCGAGGAACCGGCUCCGGUGGCGGUCGUUGGCCCCUCGCAGUCUCCCCGCCCGCCCGUGGUGAAACACGAGGCGGUGGCGGCGCUCCAGGACACGAGCCAACCGGAUAGUACCAGCAGCGAAUCAGUCGGCGAGGACAGCAGCUCACAACCGUCCUCCACCACCGCCGCGGACGGCGACAGCCCCGUGGGAAAACCCUGCCCGGUCUGCGGAGACAAGAUAUCCGGCUUCCACUACGGGAUCUUCUCCUGCGAGAGUUGUAAGGGCUUCUUUAAGAGGACGAUUCAGAACAAGAAAAACUACAAGUGUCUGGCCGCGGCCAAGUGCGACGUGUCUCUGAAGACGAGAAAACGGUGCCCUGCAUGCAGGUUCUCCAAGUGCUUGUCUAAAGGGAUGAAACUUGAAGCCAUACGCGAGGAUCGUACGAGAGGCGGCCGCUCCACGUACGAAGGGGCGCUGCACACCGCCAAACUGAAGAACAACGGUUACGGGGAGUCCAAGCGGAGGCGACACUCCAUGGCGGGACCGAUUAACUUCGCUCCGUUCACCCCGCUGUCGUCGAGUUCGGCCAACGGUUACGGCAGGAACCAGGCCAUGGUGAAAGUCAAGCAAGAGCCUCUUUCAGAAUACCCUCAGGAAAAAACCAUACCACCACUGCUACAGGAGUUCCUGACCCUGGAGUCUCUGAUGGAUGAGAUGCAGCAGAUGCAUCUGUUUGAGCUGGACUUUGCCCGGCUGUGUCAGAUGACUGAGAUCCAGCUGAGAAAGAUGGUGAAAUGGGCUUGCCGCAUGCCCCUCUUCUCACAAGUCGAGAGUGAGGACCAAGUCCUGUUGUUGCAAAGUGCAUGGGGAAACCUGUUGCUGCUGUCUGCCUGCUUCCACUCCCUGCCUCACACCAGCGCGCUGUAUGGAACCGAGGAGGGCAAGAAGAAAGCAGAGUCACUAGGGUUGGACGCCUUCAUCACACGCAUGAUAGACCAGGUGGAACACUUGCGGAGGUUAAAGGUUGACCAUAACGAGUAUGUCGCAUUGAAGGCCCUCAUUCUACUAAAUCCAGAUGUGAAGGGGAUAAAGCAUCGGAAUGUCCUGUUAGACUAUCAGGACCAGGUCCAAGUGGCCCUACAGACGUACACAGAGUCACACUACCCAGAACAGCCCAACAAGACAGGAGAACUCCUACUGAGGCUGACAGAGAUCGAGAGAGCCUGCUUCAUCGGGAAGGACCACCUGGUCUUCAGGUACAUCACGGGACAACUGCCGUCGUGUCAACUGUUGACAGAACUUCUGGGAAUGGAGUCGACGAGUUCGGACAGGACGCUGAGUUCGUCCCUGUCCUCCGAGCUGUCCGCGGCUGGUUUGAAGGAGUGACUGAACUAGCUUGCCAUCCCAUGGCUUAGACCUGAUUUACAUACACAUGGGGAAAUUAAAAAGCUGACGGUACAAUAACUGUGUAUGAACAUGAGCAUACGAAAACUGUAUGUCAAUUUUUUCCUGCAUGUAAAUCGUCCUGUUUUGACGUGCGUCAAGAAUGUACCUUUUGAUUGUAUGCAAGUCCUCGAAGUAACAUACAAUCUUAACUAAGACCCCGUUCAGACCAGACUUAUAUUUAGCGGUUUCAAGCGGUUUUU